AUGGACCCGCAGAAAGAGGCGCGAACAGCCCGGGACCAGGCCGCGCCGCCGCCGGCCUCGCAGCCCCAGGCGCCGCAGGAGGAGGCGCGGCGGGAGGGCGGCGAGGCGCCGGCGGCGGCCCUGGGCGAGGAGGCGGACGCCGGUGCGGACGGGCUGUGGGCGCUGCCGGUGGAGCCGGCGGAGCGGAGGCCGGAGUGCAGCCGGUGCAGCCGGCCUCAGAAAGUGUGUUUAUGUCCGUUUCUACCAAUGCAUCCUCUGCACAUCUCUACCCACUUGUACAUAAUUCAGCAUCCGGCAGAGGAAAGCAAAGUGUUGCGGACAGUUCCUCUACUAGCAGCAUGCCUCCCCCAGGACAAGUGUAAAGUCAAGAUUGGUCGUCGUUUUAGUGAAGAAAGAGAUCCUGAACUUUCAACUGUUUGUCGGAAGUCUGGUACAUUAAUAUUAUAUCCAGGGGCUGAAGCUGCUAAUUUGGAAGAGUUUAUAUUAGAUUCUCCUACUUAUCCUUCCACAAUCAUCAUCAUCGAUGGUACAUGGAGCCAAGCUAAGGACAUUUUCUAUAAGAAUUCCUUGUUCCGACUGCCCAAACAGGUGCAGUUAAAAACUAGCAUUUCUAGUCAGUACGUAAUUCGGGCACAACCAACUAAUAGGUGCCUGUCUACACUGGAGUGUGCAGCUGUUGCUCUUUCCAUCUUAGAGAAAAAUAAUCACAUACAAGAGACUUUACUUCGCCCUCUUCGAGCUUUAUGCUCUUUCCAGCUUCAGCAUGGUGCUCAGAUUCGCCUCAGCAAGGAACACCUUCUGAAAAAUGGAUUAUAUCCUAAGCCGAUGCCAAAGAACAAACGCAAACUCAGGAAGAUGGAACUGUUAAUGAACAGUGUUAAAAUUUAG